GAAAAAAGUGGACAAUUUUGUGUGGGCUUGUGCCUGAAGUCUUCGAACAGAGCUCCGCGAUUGGCCGUGCAUUGUACUUCCUCUUAAACUCCGCGUGAAGUCCUUCGAAGAGAACUGUGCAACUUUAAAUCUGCUUCAACCCCGAACAUCCACAAGAUUUGAAUGUUUCGACUGCCCGCCAGCCAUCGCCUUUCGUGGAAGUCUUGUCACUCAAACAAAUUCUCAACAAGCAUCCAUCUACCCGACGAAAGGAUUUACCCCCGAAGAGUUGUCUCAACAUCGGCCAAACUCUCCCCGGAGUUGAAAGAUUGCAGAUACCCAAGGAAUCAUCUAGCUCGAAGGUCCUUCUCCUCCUCCACUCCGACCGGACUCCCCGUUCUUAAAAAGCUACUCGACAUUAUGUCGCAACCUGAAUCGAAGACCGUGCCCUUUGCACCAAGCUCGCCUACGCUUGGCAACUUCCUCGACCGAAACCACCAGUUCGCCUCGACCUGCGAUCCGGAAGUCUUGGCUACUACCUGCAAGGGCCAGUCUCCAUCUGUCUUUUGGCUCGGUUGCUCCGAUUCGCGUGUGCCUGAGGGCGUCGUCAUCCAGGCCGGCCUCGGCGAAGUCUUUGUUCAUCGAAACGUGGCGAACGUCUUCAACCCCGACGAUACGUCUGCCACCGCUGCCUUAGCGUAUGCUGUGAACCAUCUGAAAGUGAGCCACGUGGUUGUGGUUGGACACGAGUCGUGUGGGGGCUGUGCGGCCGCACUUGCGGCAGCGACUGCCCAGAAGCCCGACGAGGAGUCUCUGCCGGCCACGCCAGUCGACAAGGGCGAGGCAGCGAUCGCCAAAUGGAUCGCUCCGAUCAAGAACCUGGCUUCCAUCGAACUCAACAAACACGACCACCAAUUCUCCCUCCCCAAACUCAUCACCCUCAACGUCGAAAACCAAGUCAAGAAUAUCAUCCACCAUGAGAUCAUCCAAAAAGCAUGGGCUAGAGGUCAAUCUCUCGCUGUUCAUGGCUGGGUUUACAAUCUCUCCUCCGGCAAAGUCCAAGACCUUGGGCUUACCCAGUCCAAUCCUUAGUUUCCACUCCUCUUCCCCCCCGUAAUCAUUAUCCACAUCGCAUAUGAGAAUACGCUUUCUUGCCCCCUCCCGUUCUUGCUUUCAAGUCCUCUUAUUGUUUGUCUCUUGCCGGUUGCUCAUCUGUUGCCAAUCAAGAAUCUUUACACUCACAGAAAAAAAAGGUUAUCACAAAGCUUGAUGUUCGUGUAUAAAUCACAAGAUAUUUUGGUUCUCUGCUGUUUGGAUAUCUUUUGAGAACUCGGAAACACCAGAACCCACAAAAAAAAAGAGAAUGUUUUGAUAUUUUUGGAUUGUAUGGAAUCCUGCUAGGAAAUGUAGAGUAGCUGAUUGGGACUACAUUCAAACAAACCAGCAAACUAAAAUAAAAAAUAUUGGGCACAGCCAUAGCAUCACUCACA